AUUAAAAUCCUCCACCAAGAAAUGCAAAAAGGAAAGGGAAGGGGAACAGAGAAAAAAAAAAAAGAAAAGAGAAAAGGGUGGUGUAAACAAAUACUCCUCUGUGGUUCUUUGUAUUAUUAUAAAUCAAAUACCAGAUACCAGAUAUUAUGUGGUCUCUCUCUCCAAAGUCCAAGUGUAGAAAAUUCUGUGAUGGAGUGAUUGUGUGCUACAAUCUUGAUGUUCUUGAUGAUGGGUGUGGCAGAAACUCUUUACUAGGGCAUGAAAAUCUUCAAAGGGCAUUGCUUUGAGCCCUCCAUCACAGCUCCACCAUUGCUGAUCAGUAGAGAGCUACAAUAUGGACAGAUCCAGAUUAGAUUUAAGAUGUUAUCAUUCUGGAUCAAUACAGUCUGAGGAGUCUGCUCUAGACUUGGAAAGGAACUACUGCUGUCAUCCUAAUCUCCCUUCUUCAAGUCCGUCUCCUCUCCAGGCAUUUGCAUCUAGUGGUCAGCACUCUGAGAGCAAUGCUGCCUACUUCUCAUGGCCUACUUUGACCCGGAUUAAUGAUGCAGCAGAAGAUAGGGCAAACUAUUUUGGAAACCUUCAGAAGGGUGUUCUUCCUGAAAUUUUGGGGCGGUUGCCAUCAGGACAGCAGGCUACAACCUUGCUUGAGCUGAUGACCAUCAGGGCAUUCCAUAGCAAGAUAUUGCGUCGCUUUAGUCUUGGCACUGCCAUUGGGUUUCGGAUUCGAAAUGGUGUCUUGACAGAUAUUCCAGCUAUUCUUGUCUUUGUUGCCCGUAAAGCUCACAGGCAUUGGCUCAGCCAUUCACAGUGUCUACCUGCUGCUCUUGAGGGGCCAGGAGGUGUAUGGUGUGAUGUGGAUGUUGUGGAAUUUUCCUAUUUUGGUUCUCCAGCUCCAACUCCUAAGGAACAGCUUUACACAGAGCUUGCAGAUGGCUUGAGGGGAAAUGAUCCAUAUGUCGGUUCUGGUUCCCAGGUUGCAAGCCAGGAGACAUAUGGAACUAUGGGUGCUAUUGUUAAAAGUCGAACAGGAAAUAGACAAGUUGGUUUCCUCACAAAUAGGCAUGUGGCAGUUGAUUUGGACUAUCCAAACCAGAAAAUGUUCCAUCCUAUGCCACCAAGCCUUGGACCUGGAGUGUAUCUUGGUGCUGUAGAGAGGGCAACAUCUUUUAUCACAGAUGACCUUUGGUAUGGAAUAUUUGCCGGAACAAACCCAGAAACAUUUGUGCGAGCUGACGGUGCCUUCAUUCCUUUUGCUGACGAUUUCAACAUGAAGAAUGUAAUUACAACUGUACCAGGUGUGGGUGAGAUUGGUGAUGUUAACAUCAUAGACUUGCAGUCUCCAAUCAACAGUCUCAUUGGUAGGCAAGUGAUAAAAGUUGGGAGAAGUUCAGGCUUGACUACUGGGACCAUCAUGGCAUAUGCCCUUGAGUACAAUGAUGAAAAAGGGAUUUGUUUCUUCACUGAUUUUUUUGUUGUUGGAGAGAAUCAGCAGACUUUUGAUCUUGAAGGUGAUAGUGGAAGCCUCAUUCUAUUAACUGGUCAGAAUGGGGAGAAGCCACGACCCGUUGGGAUCAUUUGGGGUGGGACAGCUAACCGUGGUCGCUUAAAACUGAAAAAAGGCCAACCACCUGAAAAUUGGACUAGUGGAGUUGAUCUUGGGCGCCUUCUUGACCUCCUGGAACUGGAUCUGAUAACAACCAAAGAAGGGCUUCAAGCUGCAAUUGAAGAGCAACGAAAUGCUUCAGCAGCUGGGAUUGGUUCCACAGUUGCAGAGUCAUCCCCUGCUGUCUGUGCUCCAUAUAAACAUAAGCUACAAGAUAACUGUGGACCUCUUGGUUUAAACUUUCAUCAAGUACCAUUUGAAGGCGAAUCCUGUCUGGGACCAAGUCGACGAUUGAUGCAUGGUGACUUUCACAUUGAAAAUGGUGUUGAAACAGCUCCCAGUGUUGAGCACCAGUUCAUUCCGAGUUUCACCAGUAGAUCUCCGGUAAUUCAUAGCAAUCAAGAGGAAAAUCCAGUAUCAAAAAACAUUUUUGCAUUGCGGAGUGGCUCAGAUGAAGAGAUUUCUGUUUCCUUACAGUUAGGAGAGCCUGAACCAAAGAGAAGAAAAAACUACAACUCUUUCUUUAGCACUAAAGGACCCAAAUGAAGCAGGAACAAGUAAUUCUUGACUCUUUUGGUCUUGAAGUACCUGCCAUACGAGGGGAUGCUUCAUUUUGGACUCAAAGCCCAGACUACAAGUUCUCAGUCACACUUCAUUUCAAAGUGUGAAAUCACAAUGAACAUGGGUUCAGGUCACAUCUCCUCUUGCAUGAGUUGCUAUAUUCUUUCUUGGAUAGAUUGGUAAGGGUAGAAAUAUAUACGUUAUAUAUAUGGGGAGCAUAUUAGGUUUUUAUAGAGAUGUUUAGGUGGUGCGUUACCCUGUCUUCGUUAAUCUUUUAAUGGGUCACUUUGGUGAAAGUCCUUAUAGCAUAAGCACUCUUGAAAUGAGGAGUAUAAGCAGCUGUUGGAAUCCAACAGAAUGUACAAUGUUAGUUUUUGGCAGCCACGUUAGGUUUUGUUGGAGCCUAGCCUAGUAGAAGGUCCCUCUCUCUUUUUUUAUGGUAGAAAAAGGAAGGAGCAAGAUGGGGGGAGUACACCAUUUGUAUCUUCUCGAGUCGAAUAUGUGAACUCACUUUGUAGCUAUAUUUGUAAAUGCGGCUUCAAUAGACUUUUUCUACCAUA